AAAUGUUGGACUCAUUGGACUUCUUGGCCCUCUUCUCGGGUUGAUGAAAGGAUUUAGGAGAGAAGUAGGUGCUUUGUACAGAAGAAGACCUUUGAUCAUGUAGACCACAAGUGUCAGCCUAGGUUAUAAUGUCACUAUGAACAAUGGCCCAGCUGUAUUACAAGAAGGUGAAUUAUUCACCCUACAGAGACCGGAUCCCACUGCAGAUUGUGCGGGCGGAAGCAGAACUUUCAUUAGAGGAAAAGGCCUACCUCAUUGCUGUAGAGAAAGGAGACUAUGCUAGCGUCAAGACUGCCCUGGAGGAGGCCGAAAUCUACUACAACAUCAACAUCAACUGCAUGGAUCCGCUUGGCCGCAGUGCACUUCUCAUAGCCAUAGAGAACGAGAAUCUGGAGAUCAUGGAGCUGCUGCUAAGUCACAACGUGUAUGUCGGAGAUGCUCUCUUGUAUGCAAUAAGGAAGGAAGUGGUAGGAGCGGUGGAACUACUUCUGAGUUACAGGAGACCGAGUGGGGAAAAACAGGUGCCAACAUUAAUGAUGGACACACAGUUUUCUGAGUUCACUCCAGACAUUACACCUAUCAUGUUGGCAGCUCACACAAAUAACUAUGAAAUUAUAAAACUCCUAGUCCAAAGAAGGGUGACCAUCCCUCGCCCUCACCAGAUACGUUGCAACUGUGUAGAAUGUGUCUCCAGCUCAGAAGUUGAUAGUCUCAGACAUUCACGGUCGAGGCUCAACAUCUACAAGGCUCUGGCCAGCCCUUCUCUGAUUGCCUUAUCAAGCGAGGAUCCCAUCCUCACAGCAUUCCGGCUUGGGUGGGAGCUAAAAGAACUAAGCAAAGUAGAAAAUGAGUUUAAGGCAGAGUAUGAAGAACUGUCACAACAAUGCAAAAGGUUUGCCAAGGACCUAUUAGAUCAAGCAAGGAGCUCUAGAGAACUGGAGAUUAUCCUCAACCACCGGGAUGACCAGAGUGAGGAGUUAGAUCCGCAAAAGUGUCAUGAUCUCGCAAAACUGAAGGUAGCAAUAAAGUAUCAUCAGAAAGAGUUUGUGGCUCAGCCAAACUGCCAACAAUUACUAGCUACAUUGUGGUACGAUGGAUUCCCAGGUUGGCGCAGGAAGCACUGGGCAGUGAAAUUGUUGACCUGCAUCACAAUCGGACUGCUUUUCCCAGUAUUAUCGUUGGCAUAUCUUUUCGCACCCAAGAGCAGGCUGGGACUGUUCAUUAAAAAGCCAUUCAUCAAGUUUAUCUGCCAUACAGCUUCAUAUCUCACUUUCCUCUUCCUUCUUCUUCUGGCCUCCCAGCACAUAGUGAGGACUGACCUGCACAUGCAGGGCCCCCCACCCACCGUGGUGGAGUGGAUGAUAUUACCAUGGGUUCUGGGCUUUAUAUGGGGUGAAAUAAAAGAAAUGUGGGAUGGUGGAUUUAAUGAAUAUGUACAUGACUGGUGGAAUCUCAUGGAUUUUGCUAUGAACUCCCUCUACCUUGCUACCAUCUCCCUUAAAAUCGUAGCUUACGUGAAGUACAACGGCUCGCGGCCAAGAGAAGAAUGGGACAUGUGGCACCCAACCUUAAUCGCGGAAGCCCUCUUUGCAAUAUCCAAUAUCCUGAGUUCUUUACGCCUCAUCUCUCUGUUCACCGCAAACUCCCAUCUUGGCCCUCUCCAGAUUUCCUUGGGGCGGAUGCUGCUGGACAUUCUUAAAUUUCUCUUUAUCUACUGCCUGGUGCUUUUGGCAUUUGCCAAUGGACUAAACCAACUUUACUUUUAUUACGAGACUAGUGCCUCCGAGGAACCCAACAACUGCAAAGGAAUCCGAUGUGAGAAACAAAACAACGCCUUCUCCACCCUUUUUGAGACUCUUCAGUCCUUGUUCUGGUCAGUAUUUGGACUUCUGAACUUGUAUGUUACCAAUGUAAAAGCACGCCAUGAAUUCACAGAGUUUGUGGGAGCCACCAUGUUCGGAACAUAUAAUGUCAUCUCAUUGGUUGUAUUACUGAACAUGCUGAUAGCCAUGAUGAACAAUUCCUACCAGCUGAUAGCGGACCAUGCUGACAUUGAAUGGAAAUUUGCUAGAACAAAGCUAUGGAUGAGUUACUUCGACGAAGGCGGGACCUUGCCACCUCCUUUUAAUAUCGUUGUUAGCCCAAAAUCCAUCUGGUACUUUUGCAAGUGGAUCCACUCUCAGCUGUGUCCUGGCAGAAACUGUGAAGAUAUACAGAAGCAACACGAGAAUCUCAAAACCUUCACCGAACGACACGCUGACAACCUGAUUCAGAAUCAGCAUUAUCAGGAGGUUAUCAGAAAUCUGGUGAAAAGAUAUGUUGCAGCAAUGAUUAGAAAUUCAAAAACCAAUGAAGGUCUAACAGAAGAAAAUUUCAAGGAGCUAAAACAGGAUAUAUCAAGCUUCCGGUAUGAAGUGCUUGACCUUCUCGGAAAUAGAAAACCACCAAGGAGGAGCUACUCAACUAGCAGUACAGAGGUAUCCCAAAAAGAUGAGGCUGCAGAAGAUCAGGGCAAGUCAAAAAGUGUAUCCUUCAGCAUUGCCAACAAAAAAAAAAAUUUCAAUGUCUCAGCCCUGAUUAAAACAAUGUCUGGGAUUGAAAUUGUGGAGGAUGCACCCAAGAGUAAUGGUAUUAAUAAGCGUUCCUUCAUCCGGAAUGGCAACAAACUACAGAGGCUUUCAAGUUCCAAGAAGGAGUCUUUCAAAAGACUUGGUCUACUUUUCUCCAAAAUGAAUGGGCAUAUGCCAGAACCAGCUUCAGAACCAGUAUACACCAUCUCUGAUGGACUUAUCCAACCACACUGUAUGUGGCAGGACGGAAAACACACUAAAACUGAUCAAGAGACAGAGUGCUCUAGAAGUGAAAUUAACCUCAAUGAGGUGAGUCAUGAUGGGAGCAUUGGUGGACAACAUAUUGACUCCUCUCCCAUUUGUACCAAUUCUCUACACUGUGCUUCCAACCUUUGCUCCUCUAGCGCCAAGCUGAUAGACUCUACAGAAGACGUAUUUGACUCUUGGGGCGAGGCAUGUGACCUACUCAUGAACAAGUGGAAAGAUGGACAAGAAGAGCAGGUCACAACAAGACUAUAAGUAAAUACUAUUUGAGACUGCUGUAUAAAAAUUAGCAAUCAUAUGUUUGUAACAUUUUCCUUUUACAGAGUAUUAAAAAAAAAGAUAGGAUUCCCUCCCUAUUCACAUGGAUGAGUGCGGAAUUCCAUUGACAGUGAUAUAUUUUGCAAUAUUUUUUUACCAUUUUUUGUUUGCUUUUUAUAACAUAGUGUAAACUAUCUACUAGUUUUUACCGUC